AUGUCAUACUUUUCCUCUCGUUCCAAUGUAUUGAGUGGAAGUGAAGAUCUUUCUCUCUUGAGUUCCCGUCAAGUCCCUUCAAAAGAAGAAUCCGAUUCUGACCAUUUAGUUGAUUUGAAACAUUCUCUCAAGGAUUUAUCUUCUUUUGCAUUAUACGAAAGGAUUGAACAACAACAUUUAAAGCAUUCUGAUUUGUUUAAAUUAUAUUGUCAGAGUAUUGCUCCAAAUUCGAUACCUCCUUUAACUGUUUCUAACACUAGUAAUUCAUCAUCAUCAACAACACCAUUACUUGUUCACUCUCGUUCCGAGAAUAGUUUACUUUCGAAUUCUUCAUCCAACAAUGUAUACAAAUCACUAUUAGAAAUGGUAAACUCCAAUGAUAUUCUCUUUUCCAUUGUUAUUUGGAUUGCCACUCAAAUCCCACUCAGUCAAAGAUAUUCGAAAAGUUUAAAAAAGAAUUUUGACAAAGUUUUCACAUGCAAGACUUUUAUUUCUCUCUUAACUUCACAACUUCACAAACAACAAAUGCUCUACUUUCCAAGUAUAAACUAUGCUGGAAUUAAGAGUCAUAUGGAUAUUGUUGAGAAAAUCAAUUCACUCUACAAGAUAUUUAAUCCAUCGAAUCAACUGCAGCAACAAUCAGUACUUUCGUAUAAUGAUGAAUCAUUCUCUUUUAAACAAGCUUGGUCAAAGGUUCAGGCUGAAACUUUUGGUCAAUUUCUAUUAGAAAUUGGAAUUAUUCAAAAUAUUAAGCCAGAGAAGAAGAGAAAAUUUGCAGAGAGGUCUCACUAUUACAUGUUUAGUAUAGAAACCAUCUUGUACUAUGCUGAAUUGUUUUUUGAAGAUAAGGUUUCAAGUCAACAACAACAAAAUGUUCUCAAUCAAUUCAGAAAUCCAAGUUUUAAUGAUAGUGGCUUUACUGCAUUUUCACAAAAUGUAAAUUCUCCAUUCUUGUCCAAUAUUUCAGCUGCCUCAAUGCAUUUGGUUUCAAUUGGACAAAAUUUACAAAAGAGUUCCUUAUUGAAUUUGAUUGUUUCUCAGGAGAGAGAAUUUGAAAUGAUUCAGGGUCAUAUUAAGAAAACUCAUGAAGAAAUUGCUCAAGAGUCUAAUUCUAGUGGCUCAUCAUUGGAUGUUACUUCUCCGAGAAGUGGAGAAUCACCAUCACAACUCAGUGAUGCCACAAGUAGUGCAUUCUCAUUGGUAUUUAGACAGGACCAUCAACGAUCCAAAUCGAGAGAUUUUGCCAGAACUGCACCAAAAGUUAAUCACCACAGAAUGAGCACCAAUUUAAGUUUAAAUACUGAUCAGAUUUGGAAUCAACCAAAAGAUUUGGAACUCAAAGAGGUCAUUAGAGGAAAGAAUCAACACUUAUUCGAAACUCCAACCUUGUCACCUCGUUCUAGAUUUUACGAAGAAAAUGGAAUCAAGGCCAAGAUUCAAUCCGUUCAACAAGCUCUCAAUAAUCCAACUAUCAAUGAGGAAUUCACACAAUAUUGCACCAAGGAUCAUUCAGAGGAAAAUAUUCUUUUCUGGAAGGAAAUUCAAUCCUAUAAAAGGAUCCAAUCUCCAAGUGAAAGAAAGCUAAAAUUCAAAGAAUUGGUUUCUCAAUUUGUGUCAAGCAAUUCUCCACAUUCUACUCCAGUCAAUUUAGAAUCAAAGAUUGUAACAAGCUUUUUAACACUUGCUGAGGAAAAUGAGGAAAAUAUUUCAUUCUUUUCCACUGAAGUUUUCAAUGAAUUGGAAUGGUUGGUCGUCAAUAAUUUGAAAGACACCUUUACAAGAUUCAACGAUGAAAGAAAUAAGGAAAUAGAUUCUCAAAUUGAUGAAUUACAACAAAAUCUCAGACUUGAAGCAAUCAAGAAGGAGCAACACUCAAAGAGUUUCCUCUCCCAAGUAGCCAGUGCCAUUGGUCGUAAGAAGACAAACAGUACAUCAACAAAUAAUGCACACAACAAUCUCAUAAUACCACCUCCAAAGCUACAAGUUGCAGUUGAGGAAAACAAGAAGGAAAUGGAAAGAGUACCAGCGCAUGAGUAUUGCACUCUUGAGGCUGUUCUUUGCAGUCCCAAUGCCAGAAAACAAUUUAGAAUAUUCUGUAAGAAGGAGCAUGCUGAGGAGUACAUUUUGUUCUUGGAUUCCGUUGAUGAGUACAAGACAUUUACAGGAAAACUCGACAGAUGCAAGAAGGCACACGAAAUUUUCAAUAUAUUUAUUGAGCUACCAACUUCUGGAUCAUUCCUACAUGAAGAGGAUGUUCGUACUCUCGACUGUACAAAAGAUGAAAGAGAAACCAUACGUAAAAAGUUAGAUAGUGGUGAAUUGGAAAUGUUUGAUGCUGUAGUAAUCAGUAUUCAAAAUCAAAUGUUGGAUGUUUACAAUCGUUUUGCAACAGCUCAAAUGGAAUGGAAAGCAAAGAAAAUGCUAAUGUAAAAUGUUCAAUAUUUUCAUCAAUCAAUGUAAAAUAAAUAAUUUCUUUAAAUCCAA